AUGGGAUAUCUGCCCGUUGCUGCUGCUGGGGAGGGUGCAGCAGCAGCAGCUGCUGCCCAGCUUGCAUGCACUUGCCUGCGGCGUCUGUACACCUCAGCGGGCGUAAGCCUUCAUCAGGCCUCACCAGUUAGUGGGCAAGCAGCAGCAACAGCAGCAGCAGCAACAGCAGCAGCAGCAACAGCAACAGCAGCAACAGCAACAGCAGCAGCAGCAACAGCAGGGACAGCAGCGGUUGCAGUGGCUGAUGAUGACGCUGCUGCUGCUGCUGUUUCAUACACAGAAGGGGCUGCUGAGUUUCAAGUAUCUCCCGUGCUGCUGCGUCUGUCUCCUUGGAAGCUGCAGCUGCUGCUGCAGACUAUAGCUGGGGUAAGAGACAUGGCUGCUGCUGCUGGUGCUAUUGGCACUGCAGCUGCUGCUUCCGUGCCCAUGGAAAAAGAGACUGGUGCUGCUGCUGCACCAGAAGGAGCAGCAGCAAAGGCCGCAGCAACAGCAAAUACAGCAACAGCUGCGAAGCCCGCAGACUGGCAGCUGCUUCCUUUCAAACUCCCGCUGCAGCAGCCUGGCUCAGCAGCAGCAGCAGCAGCAGCAGCAGCAACACCACCACCACCAACAGCAGCAACGGGAGAAAGUCACGGGAGGUCUGGCUGCGCCUGCCUCCAGCUGCGCGUUGCUGCAGUGCCCAGCAAUUUCUGCAGUGACGAGGAAGCAGAGGCGGCUGCUGCUGCUGCUGCACUCGACUGCAUGCAUGCAGUCUUCCGUAGCCUUCCUGCAGCAGCAGCUACUGCAGCAGCAGCAGCUGAGCAGCAGGAGCCGCAGGAGCUUGUUCAGGUGCUCCUCUGCCUGCCCAGACCAGCCUGUCUGGUGGCUGCUGCAGUGCAGGCCGACCCCAACGACUCUCAGGAGCUCGAGCAGCAGCAGCAGCAACAGCAGCAGCAGCAGCAGCAGCAGCAGGGAUGGGCAGUGCAGCGUGUAGAGGCGUACGACGAGCUGCAGCGGAGAUUUCGUGGGGCCCAUUUUGGCCGCCCAAGGCGGAGCAGCAGCAAUUUGCUUGCGCGGCGCUUCAGGGUCACCUUGCAGCACCCACCGCAGCAGCAGCAGCAGCAGCAACAGCAGCAGCAGCAGCAGCAGCAACUGCUGCUGCUGGCUGCCUUCCCAGUGCUGCCCGCUCCGCUGCGGCAGUGGAGGGUGUCGCUACAGUGCAACGGUUUCUGUGCUACUUUGGCGCAUGCAGCAGCAGCAGCAGCAGCAGCAGCGCCUGCAGCAGCUGCUGCAGCAGGGCUGUAUCCGUUUGACGCUUUGGGUCUCGAGGCCCCUGCAAUGGAAGCAGCAGCAGAGUCUUUGCACCUGUCGCUGCAGCAUGUGGCUCCUGUAGCUGCAGCCGAAAGUGCUGCUGCUGCUGCUGCCCCUGCUGCUGCUGCUGGUCUUGCUGCUGCAGGGGGCAUCGCUUUGCUGCUGAACCUGCAGCAGCUAAGGGCCCGUGUGCAGCACCCCUCUACUCUGCAGCCGCUGCAGUUGCUGCACUGCCCUGCAGUCACUGUGCACGCAGCAGUAGCAGCAGCAGCAGAAACUGCAGCAGCAGCAGCAGCAGGGCUCGUUUCUCUUGUUCCUGCGCUCUCCAAGCUAGAGCCAGGUGGUGCUGCAGUGGGGUUGCUGCUGCAGCAGCAGCUGACUGUACACCUGGAUGCGCUGCGUUUGUGGCGCGCUGUAGCAGCAGCAGAAGCAGUUGCUGCUACGUUUGCCAAAGGAGACGUCCUGCCGCAGCAGCAGGAGCAGCAGCAACAGCAGCACCAGCAGCAGGAAGCCCAUCCUGAAACAGCAACACUGCAGCAAGUGCCCCCCCACGUGCCUUUAUUGCUGACGAAUCUGCUGCCUGUGCCUCUGCUGCUGCAGCAGGGGGCCUUUGGCGGCUCCCUGCUGCUGCCUCCAGGUGCAUCAAAAGCAGCUUUCUGGUGUGUCCCUCCAGUUUACCCCAGCAGCAGCAGCAGCAGCAGCAAGGAAAGAAUGUCGCUGCGGUUCGCUCUCGCUUGCGGUGGCGGCUGGUCGGCUCCUGUAUUUCCUGCUGCUGCGGCUGCUGCUGCUGCGUCUUCUGCUGGUGCUGCUGCUGUGCGCUGGGAGCCACUGCUGCUGCCAGCAGCCUCAGGGACCUCUUGUGUUGUCUUGUUGCCGAGAUGUGGCAGCACCAACAGCAGCAGCAGCAGCAGCAGCAGCUGCAGAGUGAGCUACAGAGUGUGGUUUGGGGUUUGCAGCCGCACGCCGCUGCAAGUCUGCUGCUUCAUCUGUCCUCCGCUGCUGCUGCAGCAGGAGCAGCUAAUGCUGCCACUGCUAUUUCGCACUCAUAUAGGCGAACAGCAGCAGCAGCAUGCGGAACGGCAGCAGCAGCAACAGCAGCAGCAGCAUGGUGACUUUGGCCUAUGCUUCCGGAGAGAAGUACCAUCAUUACACAUGCUGCUGAGGGUGCUGCUGCCGAAACAACAGCAGGAGCAGCUGCUGCUACCGCUGCAGCAAGGCCAAAGCGCGCUGCAGCAGGGAGAGGGCUCAACAGGUGCAUGUGACCAGCAGCAGCAUCAGCAGCAGCAGCAACAAAUGCAGCACAAAUUAGGUUCCAUUUACACUACCAGUGCUCGCGAUAACAGCACGCAGCUGCAGCAGGUGCUGCUACAGCAGCAGCAGCAGACGCAGAAACAGCAGCAGCAUGCAGAACAGCAGCAACAGCAGCAAGAACAACAGGACUUCGACUGGGCAGCAACAGCAGCAGCUGUGGGUCAGCUGGGCCCGUCUGCUGCUGCUGCUGCUGCAAUCCUGCCACCUGCUGCUGCUCCCUUGUCUGUGUCCUUGUCUAUUCAUUCUCGCCAUGCAGCAGCAGCAGCAGCAGCAGCAGCUCCUGUUUUUCCUGGCAGCUUCGGGGGCCUCACAGGGCCCCUGCUGCUGCUGCAGGCAGCUAACGGGCAGCAGCAGCAGCAUCCGAGACGGCAGCAGAGCUUCCUGCGGUGGCUGCAGCAACAACCAGGGCAGCAGCAGCAGAAGCAGCAGUUUCGGGCAGGUUUUGUUAUGCUUCCUUCGGCGCCCCCUGAGGAGCCGCAGCAGCAACACGACCAGCAGCAGCAACUGCAACUGCAACGGCAACAGCAGCUGCAGCAACAGCAGCAGCAAGAACAGGAGCAGAGCAUUGCUUGCGUCUUCUGCUACGCUGGCAGUGUGGACGUCGACAGCUUUGAUUGCAGCAGCAGCAGCAGCGGCAGCAGGGGCCCGCUGAUGCUGCGGAUGCGCCCGGCCCUGUGUGUGAGCAACAAAACCAGCAGCAGCUUGCUGCUGCAGCUGCAGGGGACAUCGUCGAGGGACAUCAAAGAGCUGCUGCUGCACCCCUCUUCUGCUCUGCAGGUGCCGUUGCUGCUGCUGCUGCUGCUGCAGAUGAUGGUGCUUCAGCUGCAGCAGUUGUGCUGCUGCUACGGCUUCCAGUGUUGUUUCCGUUGGAAUGUCUGCUGCAACGUUAUCUUAUUCUUCUGUCUGCUUGACAUGCUAAGCUUGGCUCAGUAUUGCUGCUGCUGCUGCUGCUGCUGCUGCUUCAACCUCCCCGUUGCUACCGCUGCCGCAGCUCCUAAGCGAAGGUGCAGCAACUAUUCUGCGGUGUGUGUGCAGCUUAUCGACGCUUCUGUGCCUCAGUUGUUGGCUGCAGCAGUUCACAUAGUAGGUCCUGCUGCGGAAGCAGCAGCAGCAGCAGCAGCAGAACAGCAGCAGCAGAGUCCUGCCAUGGACAAUCUGCUGUUGUCGCUGCAGUCCAUCCCACUUGCGGAGACAGCCGCAGGUGCUUCUGCAGCUGCUGGUGCCUCGCCGUCUGCUGAAGCAGCAGCAGAAAAGAGCAACAACAAAUCAGCUGCGUUUUCCGCUGCUGCAGCAGAAGCUUUUGUCUGCGGGUGGACGGCUCUAGCUCUCACAAAGCAGCAGCAGCAGCAGCACAUUGGUAGCAGCAACAGCAUAAGCAGCAGCCGAAGUGAUAAUAGCCCCGUAUUGAGUGGCUCAGUGCCUUCUGAGCAGCAGCAGCAGCAGCAAGAGGAGCUGCAACGGCAGCAGCAACAGCAACAGCAGCAGCAGCACCAGCAGCAGCUAGCUAUGGAGGGCUGCAGCACGAGCACUUCGGAUGGCAGCAAAACCAGUCUGAGCCCUGCAGCUGCUACAACAGAAGCAGCAACAGAAAAACAAAGCCAGCACCAGAAACAUAGUAGGCAGCAGCAGCAGCAGCAGCAGCAGCAGCAGCAACCGGUGACAGGGUCUCUGCUGGUGCAUGCACGGCGUUGGGGCCCUUCGCAGCGCGUGCUGCAGCUUCAGGUACAUCCUGCAUGCGUGGCCAGCAGCAGCUGCCCGAUAGAAGUGUUUAUAAAGGACCCUUAUGGAGCUGUUGCUGCGCUUCCUGCAGCAAGCAGCAGCAGCAGCAGCAGCAGCGGGGGUGCAGCGGCAGCAACAACCGAUCUGUCGGGCAUCUGCUGUCUCAGCCAGCAGCAGAACGCGCCUUUCGUAGCAUACGUAGGGGUGCGUAACAGUAGCAGCAGCAGCAGCAGCAGCAGCAGCAACUGUACCUGCAUUUGCUGGAGCGAGUCGCUGCAGCAAGUGGCUCUCAACAAGACAGUCCGGGUUUGCAUUCCGCUGGUUUGUGGCUGCAGCAGCAGCAGCAGCAGCAACCGCAGCAGCAGCGACAGCAGCAACCGCAGAAAUGACGGAGGAGCAGCAGGACAGUACGCCGUGCUGCUGCUGAGCCUCAGCAGGCGCGGCCUUGAAGGUUCCUGCUGCUGCUGCAGCAGCGCAGCAGCGCAGCAGCUGCUGCUGCACAUUUCCCCGCCAUUGCAGGUGCGGAAUCAGCUGCCGUUUGAGGUGUAUGUACACCUGGGAAUCGCUGCUGCUGACAGCUUCGGCAGCUACCAGCGAAUCCGCCCGCAGCAGCAGCAGGCUGCUGCAGCGGCCUGCUGCUGCCUGGAGCCGGCAGCAGCAGCAGCGCUGCAUGCGCUUGCUGCUGCUGCUUGCGGGAAUCAGGGGCGGCUUCCUCAGUCUCUCCUCGCGCUGCCGCAGCUGGCGACACAGCAGCAGCAGCUGCUGCUGCUGCAGCAGCAGCACAGGCAGGAGCAAUCAAAGAAAACAGCAGCGCGAGGCCUCGAAGAUGUUCAGAGGCUGUUUCCGCCAUUGCUGCUUAGGAUAGCUGAUGCUGCGCAUUGGCAGCAGCAGCAGCAGCAGCAGCAGCAGCCGCAGGAGCAGCAGCAGCCGCAGGAGCAGCAGCAGCAGCAACUUAGAGCAAUCAUGUGGACAGACAGCAUCGCGCUGCUGCUGCGCAGUGAUGUGUCCUUCGGGGGGCUGCCUUCUGAGAAGCAGCAGCAGCAGCAAAAGCAGCAGCAGCAGCAGCAGCAACAGCAGCAGCAGUGGCGUGGUGGAGGGUCAGCUGCGAACGUUCUGCUGCCGCUGGUGGAUCCUCGGACGCCGCCACUGCCGCAGCAGCCGCAGCAGCAGCAGCAGCUAAGUGCAGCAGCAGCGUGCAGCCUGGGUCUGCUGCCGCCGUUGCUGCUGAGGCUGCUGCAUGUCUCCUACGGGCUGCAUGCAGGCGGCUGCCUCUGCAUCUCUUUGUCUCUCUGUGCUUCUCCGCCGCUGCUGCUGCUGAACAGAACACCUUUUACUCUUGCUGUUGCCCGCAGCAGCAACAGCAGCAGCGGCAGCAGGCUGCUGCCGCAGCGAGUCUCCGCCUUCUCCGCUGCCCACAUCUCUACGGGGCAAAAGCGCCCGUUUGCUGUCUUUGCUGCUGCUGCUGCUGAAGCCGACGCAGCAGCAACAGCAGCAGCAGCAAGUGAUGACAGCAGUCCCGCGGACUCCGCGUUUGCCGCUGAUGAGGAGAAAGCAGAGCAGCAGCUGGAAGAGCAGCGGCAGCAGCAGCAGCAGCAACAGCAGCUGCAGCAAGCAGCAGCUGCUUCCCCGAGCGUCAGGUCAAUUGCCAGUGCCCAUCAGCCCCAAGCUUCCCCGUCUUCGUACCGGCAGCAGCAGCAGCAGCAGCAGCAGCAAAGCUCGCGGCCGCUUUUCUUAGACCGCGACCCUCUACUGCUGCGUGCACUCUCUAAGCAUGCAAUUUGCAGCAGCAGCAGCAGCAGCGCAGCAGCAGCAGCAGCAGCAUUUCCAAGGAAUGAGGUGUAUGUGCAGCUCUGCGCCCUCGACAACGAGGAAACAGACGGCAUCUCCCCCAGCCUGCUGCCCCUCAGCAACAGCAGCAGCAGCAGCAGGCUGCGGGGCCAGUGGUCUGAGCCGCUGCUGCUGCAGCAGCAAGGGGAAGUUGUUUCGCGCUUCUUGGUGCCUCGUGUGCCGCGACAGUUUGCUGCUGAAUAUGCAGCAGCAGCAGCUGCUGCUGCUGCUGCGCCUGCUGCUGCUGCUGAUGCUUCUGGCAACGGGGCGCGCGCAGCUUCUGCAGAAGCAGCUGCCAGCCCUACCCCGUGGGCGCUGUUGUUCCCGUCGCGUGCUGCUGCUGCUGCUGCUGCUGCUGCAGAGCCCAUAGGUGGCUGCAUGGUGGUGCGUCUGAGCAGCAGCAGCAGCAGCAGCUGUAGCAGUUGCUGCUCCCUACUCACUGUUGACUUCGUGCCGUUCUGCAGCUCCCUUGUCUGGGAAGCCAUGUCUACAGCAGCUGCGACAGCUACUGCUGCUGAAGCAGCAGCAGCUGCUGCUGCUUGCCCGGAAGCAGCAGCAGCAGCUGCCGCUGAAGCAGCAGAGCGGUUGACACGACUGUGCGUCCCUUGCCCAAUGAAACAGGUAGAGUUCCUGCUGCAGCAGCGGCAGGCAGCAGCAGCAGCAGCUGCUGCUGCUGCUGCUGCCGCACCAAGUGGCACCCCGCUGGGUGCGAUUCUUACAGCAGCAGCAACAGCAGCAGAAGCAGCGUCAUCUGAUAUGGCGGCAGCAAAGGCCGAAGUUAUUUCAGGCCACCCCGAUAAUCGCAGCAGCAACAGCAGCAACAGCAACAGCAGCAGCAGCAGCAGCAGCAAGCAGUGGGUGCAACGGUUCACUUUUGAAGUGGCUGUUGAGAAGCUCCUCAUGUCCCUCUCCUCCCCAGACACUGCAGCAGCUGCUGCUGUUGCCAGCAGCAACAGCACAGCAGGGUCUCUGGUCGCUGCUGCUGCUGCAGGAGCUGCUGCAGCAGCAGAUAUAGAAUGCACAGAAACUGCAGUUUUGCACUGCAGGCGCAUUCGCUACAUAUUUAGCAGCAGCAACAGCAGCAGCAGCCGCAGCAACGGCAUGCUGCAGCUCGUUACGGAGCGUCUCCAAGAGCACUCGCUGCUCUUUGACUCGGCGUCGCUCUGCAGCAGCAGCAGCAGCAACAGCAGCAGCAGCAGCGUGAAGCAAUGGCUCUGCUUGCCAGCGGUGUGUUGCCUUGUUCGUUCGGUCAGCAGCAAGGCAGAGUUGCCUCCCGGUGUUGCUGCUGCUGCUGCUGCUACAGUUACGGAGUCGCUGCAGGAACCGCAGCAGCAGCAGCAGCAGCAGCAGCAUCCGCAGCAUGAGCAGCAGCGGCAGCAGCAGCAGCAAGUCUUCCCCCCAUGGAUGGGUCCGGAGGCGCUGCUACCAGAUCUGCCUUCGCUGCCGCUGCUUUCGCUGGAGGCAGCAGAAACGCCUCAGAAGGAGCAGCAGCAGCAGCAGCAACAGCAGCAGCACCAGCAGCAGCAGAAGGGCUAUGUUGUUAGUGUUCGCGUUGACGAGCAGCUGCUUCGAUGGGGAGUGAGUUUGGCUGCUGCUGUUUCUGCGCUGCGCCCCCUGUUCCAACAGCAGCAGCAGCAGGACGCGGCGGCGUACUCAGCAGCAGCAGCAGCAGCUGCUGCUGCUGCUGCUGCAGAGCCUCCCGCAGCGUGGGGCGGAGAGCUGCUGCGGGCCUGCAGCAUCGAAGAGCUGUACAUUUCUAGCUGCCCUUUUGCAGUGUCUGUGGAGCUGGGGGGUGCUGCUGCUCUUGCUGCUGUUUCUUGCUGCAGCGUGCACUUCCCGCUGCUGCUGCUGCGGCGGCUGCACUCCCCGCUGCUGCUGCUGCAGCGGGAGCUGCUGGCCCACUAUGCUGCGCUGCUGCUGCUGCAAACCCCCAAAAUUCUUGCUUCAGCAAAAGCCCUGGGAAGCCUGCGGGCUUCACUGCAGCACAUGGCAGCAGCAGCGCGUGCGGUGUACGUACACCCCACGUCUGUGGGCGCUGCUGCUGCUGCUGCUGCUCAUGCUGCUGCUGCUGCUCUGGUCCCCCUGGGCUCGCUGGCGUCGGCGCUGCGCCACAUUUUGCCUGCGUUCCCGCUGAAGGAGCUGCUGCAGCAGCAGCAGCAGCAGCAGCAGGUCAUGACCACCGCAGCAAAAGCCCUUAUUGGCGCAGCAGCGCUGCCGUUGCAUGCGCUGCUUGCUGCUGUCUCCACUGUCUCUGCUGCAUGCACCCCACAGCUGCUUGACGCAAUUGAGCAGCAGCAGCACCCCUUCGGCUGCAGCGCCUGCGCGGGUCUUCUGCAGCAGCAGCAGCAGCAGCAGCAACUGCAGCUGCAGCACCCCAGCGAAGCAGCAAGGGGAAUGCUUCAGCCCGACCGCGUCGAGGCGCUGCUGCAACAGCAGAUACAGCGACAGCUGCAGCGAAUCCGCUGCAGCAACAACAGCAGCAGCAGCAGCAGCAGCAGCAUCGCAGGUCACCAAGUCGUGCUUCUGCAAAAUGCGCUCGGCAGCAGCGACAGCAGCAGCAGCAGCAGCAGCAGCAGCAGCAGCAGCACAAUUUGGCGGCUCCCUGCUGCAGUCGACGCCUCGCUCGGUUAUUGGGAGAGCCGCUGCUGGCUUCUGCUGCUGCAGCGCAGCAGCAGCAGCAGCAGCAGCGAAGAGGCACAGCAGCAGCAGCUGAAGUGGCAGCUGCAUGCAGCAGCACUUGGCGUAACAGUCUCCGAGCUUCUUGUGGCCUACGUUUGCCCCCCUGCAAUCUGUGGGGCCGUGCUGCCAGAAGAUGGGGCGGAGACUUUUGCUGCUGCUGCUGCUGCUGCCGCAGCAUCAGCUGCAGCAAACGGCUCUGCGCUCGGCAGCAGCAGCAGCAACGGCGAGGUCGCGCUGCAGCUGCAGCAGCAGCAGCAGCCAAUGCUGCUCAAGGUUGAGAGGAUGCCGCUGGGCGAGGUUUCGCUUGCUGCUGCUGCUGCUGCUGCUUACUGCUUCAGCAGCAGCAGCAGACGCAGACGCGUCAUGAUGCCGCCGCCAGAGGCCCAAGCAGCGGCAGCAGCAGCAGCAGCACUGCAGCAGCAGCAACCAGGAAGCUUUAUGUACUCUCUUGUGUCUCUCGAAGCCAAAAGCGCCGCGUCGCGUCUUUGGGUCUUUAUUGCGUAA